AUGCAGGUUUUGCGUACAGUUGCAGAGGUGAGGGCUUGGAGAAAGCAAGAGAAUGUCAGAAAUGAAGAUGUCGGAUUUGUUCCUACGAUGGGUUGUCUUCAUGAAGGACACGCUUCAUUGAUCCAGCAAUCCAUAAAAGAUAACAAGUUCACCGUUGUUUCCAUAUUUGUUAAUCCUUCGCAGUUUGCACCCACAGAGGAUUUGGACAAGUAUCCUAGAACAUUAGAUGCUGACAAGAAAUUACUCGAGGAACUUGGUGUUGAUGCCGUCUUCGUUCCGCAACCUAAAGAUCUUUACCCUAGAGGUAUACCUUUGGACGUUUCGAAGCAAGUGGGGCCCUUUAUCAGUGUAUUGGGGUUGAGUGAAAAACUAGAAGGGAAGACAAGACCAAAUUUCUUCAGAGGUGUUGCAACUGUGGUUGGGAAACUAUUCAAUAUAGUUCAACCCACCAAGGCAUAUUUCGGUCAGAAAGAUUUCCAACAAUUUGUUGUUUUACAAAACAUGGUCAAAGAAUUAUUCUUUGAUCUUGAACUUGUGAUGAUGCCGAUCACAAGAUCUGCAACCAGUGGAUUAGCGUUAAGCAGUAGGAACAAAUAUCUCUGCGAAGAAUCUCUAGAGAUAGCGGCGAACAUUUACAAAGGCUUAAAAGACGGGGCACAACUGAUUAUUAAAAAUCAGGCGACGGAAGGUGUUACUAGAGAUGAUGUACUUGAUGCUAUUCAGAGUAGAUGGAUCCCAUAUUACCAGACUGGUGAUUUCAAAUUGGAUUACAUAUCAAUCGCCGAUGUGGAAACUUUAGACGAAGUUGAAACGCUUUCCAAUAAAUCACAAGAUAUCGUCAUCAGCUGCGCAGUUUAUGUGAGAGAUAGAUUGGACUUGAAAACUACAGUGAGGUUAAUAGACAAUGUACUAGUCCCUGGUUGCUAG